UUUUCCUUGGAAUGAAAAGGAGAGAGAAGACGACAUUGCUUGCCUUUGUAUGUGGAGUUAAUAUUUAGCUUGUUUCCACAGAAAUCCAUGGCUUCCUUUGCACACCCGUGACCUAAGGAAUAACUUCAUCUCCAAGUUACCUUCAUUUAGCUUCCUUUCCCUUUCAUCUAUAUAAAUACAUCAUCUUCUUAAACUCGUUCAUAUAUGUAGUAGGUAUGGUAAAGCUUACAAUUGUUGGAAGGUUAAGUGAUGGUCUGUGUCUUGCAAAAGGACCUUCUUCUUUGAAUGAAGAACAUGAAAACUUUUCAUUUUACAAGAGACAAGGAGAGUUCAUACUCAGAGAAAUCUCAAGAGGAGCCUUGCCUCCUUCCAAGAUGACCAUUCGCGCCGAUCAUCACUGCUUUAACUACAUGGUCGAGAAUGGAAUUGCCUUCAUCACACUCUGCGACUCUUCAUAUCCAAGAAAACUAGCUUUCCAUUAUCUACAAGAUUUGCAAAAGGAAUUUGAAAACUUUGAUAGUAGCCUCAUUAAGAAAGUCACAAGACCAUACUGCCUUGUCAAAUUCGAUGGUGUGAUUGGGAAUAUUAGAAAGCAAUACAUUGAUACAAGAACACAAGCUAAUCUGUCAAAGCUUAAUGCUAACCGGAAACAAGAUUUAGACAUUGCUACUGAAAAUCUUUCUGAAAUCAUAGAGAGAUGGAGAUAUUCAGAAAUAUUGGAAGGACCGUCGACUAGUACUUCACAAGCUGUUUCACCUAUUUGGUGUUCGCCACGCCUUGAGGUGAUCGCAAUGAAAUGGACGCCUAUCACAGUCACUAUUUUUGUUGUCACUGUUGUUCUUUGGGCCACCAUAAUCCAUGCAGACGACAAUUUCAUGAUUUUAAACUAAGUGGGGAAUUGGGUUGAGAAACCUCCGAUUGAUCGCGUUGAGUUACAUACACAGAUUUGUUUGUUUGAUCAUCUCGUUCAUGAAGGUUAUGGUUUAAGAAUGCUUUCGUU